AUGCAUUCCGAAAUUAAAGCUAUGCGCAAAUCACACACCGAAGAUGUGGUAUCAGCUAUUUCCAUGCUCACAAAGGAAGUCAAAGAACUCCGACGCAUUGCAUGCUCUUGCAAGUGUGCUAACAAAAAUGUGAAAAGUGCAUCAAAACAAUUGUCUCCUAAGUCUGCCGUCAAUUUGCCAUCUACCGCUUCUUCGCUUUCUCUUCACAUAAAUCCUCUCCCAGCUGUAGAAGAGGGAAAUAAAUCUAAUCAACAAACGGCUCAGCCAAUUGAGCAACGCAAGACCAACAAAGUAUCGUGUUCAGCAACGGUGGUGGAUUCUGCUGCGGCUGCGACUGCAUCUUACGCCGACGUUGCUAAAUUAACUUCUCAUCCCGCCUCUGCUGCGGAUGCCUCUGCUUCUGCUUCUAACUCUGCGUCCGCUCUUUCUAUUGGUACGAAUAAGCCAAAAGUGAAAGCGCUUACUCGUAAAAUCGUUGUUGGGUCGAGCUCAAAUGAUGAAUUAAAUGUUGCUCAUAGAAUGAAAUGGUUACAUUUAUCUUCAUUUAAGCCAUCUGUAACAACAAAUCGCCUUGACGAUGGCUUACCCCUUAUUUCUACUUCUGGUUUUAUGAAUGUAGCCAACGACACUAAUACUGUUAAUUCUAACCACUUAAUUUCUAACCACUCUGUGAUUUGCACAGCUGGCCCGCAUGAGAAACGCCUACUGCACGCCCUGCUCGACAACUACAACAGUUUGGAGCGCCCCGUUGUGAAUGAAUCCGAUCCACUACAGCUGAGCUUUGGGCUGACGCUAAUGCAAAUCAUUGAUGUGGACGAGAAGAAUCAAUUGCUAAUAACAAACAUUUGGCUCAAAUUGGAAUGGAAUGACAUGAAUUUGCGUUGGAACUCAAGCGAAUAUGGUGGCGUCCGAGAUCUACGAAUUCCGCCACACAGACUGUGGAAACCGGAUGUGCUCAUGUACAACAGCGCCGAUGAGGGGUUCGAUGGCACCUACGCCACCAAUGUUGUGGUCCGCAACAAUGGCUCGUGUCUCUAUGUGCCGCCCGGUAUUUUCAAAUCCACCUGCAAAAUCGACAUCACAUGGUUUCCGUUCGAUGAUCAACGCUGUGAGAUGAAGUUCGGUUCAUGGACAUAUGAUGGCUUUCAGUUGGAUUUGCAGCUGCAAGACGAAGCCGGCGGUGACAUUUCAAGUUUCAUAACGAACGGCGAAUGGGACCUGCUAGGUGUACCCGGUAAACGAAAUGAAAUCUACUAUAAUUGCUGCCCAGAACCUUAUAUUGACAUAACGUUCGCCAUUUUAAUACGACGGAAAACUUUGUACUAUUUUUUUAACCUUAUUGUGCCGUGCGUGCUGAUAGCUUCAAUGGCACUGCUAGGGUUCACACUGCCCCCCGAUUCUGGUGAGAAGCUCUCGCUAGGAGUUACAAUUCUACUAUCGCUAACAGUCUUCCUCAACAUGGUGGCCGAAACGAUGCCAGCGACCUCAGAUGCAGUGCCGCUCCUAGGAACUUAUUUCAAUUGCAUUAUGUUUAUGGUGGCCUCAUCAGUUGUGUCAACCAUACUUAUCCUCAAUUAUCAUCAUAGAAAUCCAGAUACGCAUGAAAUGAGUGAAUGGAUAAGAGUAAUAUUCCUUUAUUGGUUACCUUGCAUAUUGCGGAUGCAAAGGCCGGGACAAGUCGGCUACGAAUGCCCACCGCCGCCAUCGUCAUCGAGCUCGUCUAAUGCCGGCGAUAAGAAGCAUCAACUGCAGAAUGUCGAACUGAAAGAAAGAUCAUCAAAGUCAUUACUCGCCAAUGUGCUGGAUAUUGAUGAUGACUUUCGCUGCAAUCAUCGCUGUGCCAGUGCCACAUUGCCACACCAGCCAACCUAUUAUCGUGCCAUGUACAGGCAAGGCGAUGACGGCAGCGUCGGCCCGGUGGGUCCUGUCGGUCCUGUUGGCCCGGUCGGUGAUGCGCGAAUGCACGAGGCCAUGUCGCACACCUGCCUCAGCUCAUCGGCGGAAUAUGAAUUGGCGCUCAUCCUCAAAGAGCUGCGAUGGAUCACAGAUCAGUUAAAGAAGGAGGAUGAAACGGGCGAUAUCACACGUGAUUGGAAAUUUGCAGCGAUGGUAGUCGAUCGCUUGUGCCUUAUAAUUUUCACGCUUUUCACAAUAAUUGCCACUUUGGCGGUACUUUUCUCCGCACCACAUUUCAUUUUCCCGUAAUUGGUGUUCGUUUUGCAAGCGCUUUCGCGGGUCUGGAAUUUACAGCAGCAUCGUUCGUUUCAGCCGUCAAACCAGAAAGUUUCGACUACUUUAAGAAAAGCUAUGCAUUAUUGUUUAUUUUAAUUUCGAAUGGUAAAUGUUACAAAAACUUAACUUUAGUUCGGCUAAAAUAUUUUAAAUAUUAACAGUAAUCGCAACGCAUGUAUGUAUGUAUGUAAAGAUACAAGACAAAACAAAAUGUGCCUCAGUCAAUGAACGAACAAGCGUAA